AUGACUUCCAUUGUCACUCCUUCCAAGGCAGCUGCCACUGGCAUGGAAUCCCUCAAGAUGGACUCCCCUGUGAAGAAGCUUGACUUCGGAACUGCCAACAAAGAGAACGAGUCACUCAAGGCCGACGCGCCUAUCUUCAGCGACAUCGACAACAAGAAACCCGUCGUUGAAGAAAUCAAGAAGACCGAGAUAAUAAAGGUUGCGCCCACAAUCAAGCCAGAGGAAGCCGAUGAGCCAUUGCUGCGCGAGAACCCACAACGCUUCGUGCUCUUCCCAAUCAAGUACCACGAGAUCUGGCAGAUGUACAAGAAGGCCGAGGCUUCUUUUUGGACCGCUGAAGAGAUUGACCUAUCCAAGGAUCUCCAUGACUGGAAUAACAGACUCAAUGACGACGAGCGCUAUUUCAUCUCUCACGUCCUUGCGUUCUUCGCAGCGUCCGACGGUAUUGUGAACGAGAACCUUGUGGAGCGCUUCAGCGGUGAAGUUCAAGUUCCGGAGGCGCGAUGCUUUUACGGUUUCCAGAUUAUGAUGGAGAAUAUCCACUCCGAGACAUACUCUCUUCUCAUCGACACAUACAUCAAAGAGCAAUCCCAAAAGACAUAUCUGUUCAACGCUAUUGAUACUAUUCCCUGCAUCAAGAAGAAGGCCGACUGGGCUGUCAAGUGGAUCGAGGACAAGAACUCUACGUUCGCUCAACGUCUUGUUGCAUUCGCCGCCGUUGAGGGUAUCUUCUUCAGUGGUUCUUUUGCAUCCAUCUUCUGGCUGAAGAAGCGUGGUCUCAUGGCCGGUCUUACCUUCUCCAACGAGCUCAUCUCCCGUGACGAGGGGCUUCAUACCGAUUUCGCCUGUCUGCUCUUCUCCCAUCUGAACCACCGCCCAAGCAAGCAAGCCGUCCAAGACGUCAUUACCGAGGCAGUCGAGAUUGAGCAAGAGUUCUUGACAGAGGCUCUUCCUUGCGCUCUUCUUGGCAUGAACGCCAACCUCAUGAAGCAAUAUAUCGAGUUCGUCGCUGAUCGCCUGCUCCUCUCCCUCGGUAACGAGAAGUUCUACAAGUCCGCCAACCCUUUUGACUUCAUGGAGAACAUCUCUCUCGCUGGAAAGACCAACUUCUUUGAGAAGCGCGUCGGAGACUACCAAAAGGCCGGUGUCAUGGCCGGCACGCAAAAGAAACACGAGGACACCGCCGCUCAGACCGAUGCGAAGGCAGAGAAUGGUGGUGACUUCAAUUUCGACGAGGACUUCUAA